GAGAAUAUCAUAGAGCGUCAGAGAGCAAAAGUGCGCCAAGAAGAGGAAGGUGCGACAGAGAGACAGGCAGGUGUACAGAGAGAGAGAGAGAGAGAGAGAGAGAGAGAGAGAGAGAGAGUAUUUCAAUGUUAUAGAGUGUCGGAGAGCAAAAGUGUGCAAAAAGAGGAAGGUGUGACAGCGAGACAGCCCCCGCCUGAACCCGGCAACAUGCAGCCUCUCACCGGCACUCUGUUCCUCUCUGUACUGCUGUUGUUCAUCACCCUCUCCAGCUGCAACUUUACAAGACCAACCUAUGUCAUCACAGCACCGAGAAAGCUGUCAACCAGACUCAAUAUGACCUUCACCAUCUGCAUUCUGGAAGGUAGCCAGAGCCCUGUGACAAUAACAGCCCGCAUCAGCGACAAGGGCCAGAACAUUACCAGUGCCACAGAUACCUUCCACCCAGGUAGCAUUGGAAAACUGGUUCUGCCCACAGAAGGCUUGCCAGAAAACCGAUAUAAUUUGGUGGUGGAGGGCCAUGGAGACCAGAACUUACUGUUUUCCGAAAGCAGCUCUGCGGAGAUUAUUCCCGAGAGGGUCUCUGCAUUGAUUCAGACAGACAAGGCGAUGUACAAACCAGGACAGACUGUGAAAAUUCGAGCCAUCUGCAUCUACACAGAUUUGAAACCAUACCUGGGCAAGAUAAACAUCCUCAUUUAUAACCCACAAGGAUCGGUGAUCCAGCAAUGGACGGAUUUAGAGACGACGUUAGGUGUUGUAUCCAAAGAAUUUUUAUUGUCGCCCAAUGCUCUGCAAGGCAGCUGGGAGAUACGUGUCACAUUUAAUGAGGUAAUACAGAAGAAGACAUUCAGUGUGGCCGAGUAUGUGUUACCUCGUUUUGAAGUUUUGAUCAACACAUCCUCUGUAUAUUUUAUACUGGAUCAAAUGAGCCUAACUGGGAGCAUCACUGGACGAUACCUCUAUGGAAAACCUGUAAAAGGAAAUGUGACCAUCAUCCUAUCCUUGCCAUACUUCUCUCAGACACUAAACAAAACGUUUGAGAUCAUUGGGACUGCUGAUUUUGCCUUCCUUUUCUCUGAACUGCGCGAGUUCAUCCUUGGCGUUUAUGCACCCUAUUUAGACUUCGAUGGUAUACCCUUCUCAAAUCAGACGAUGAAAGCGUACAUUCUGGAAAAAUCAGCCUUACUAAUUGGCUAUUGGAAGCACCAGGUGAUGCUCAAAGCAGUGGUCACUGAGUAUCAUACAGGUGUAGUACAGUCAGCAACAACAAACAUUACAUUAUCCUUCAGGAAAUACUACCUGGCUGUCCUGGACCAUAUGAAGAUCUUAAAGCCAUCUAUGAAUUUCACGGCCUAUGUGCAGGUGAAGCGAAAUGACCAGCAAAAAAUCUCGCCUCAGGACAGGCAGAACCGCUUGACCGUUAUGGUCAGCCAGGCCCAGAACAUCCCAGGAAGUAAAGAAACAUUGAUGCGAACCCUGCAGACCUUCAAUUUCAGCGUCCCUGAGAAUGGGCUUGUUCAAGUUCAGUUUCCAUUGCUGCCACAUGUUGUCAGCUUGUGGGCAGAGGUGACAUUUGAGGAUGCAUCAGCAGGUUUAAAUGUGAGACAAACUUACCGCACACCGGCCAUCUUCCUCCACCUUCAGAGCUCUACUGUCAAGGUGGGAACACCAUUUGAAUUUUCCAUUGAAAGUUUUGAGUUACCAAUCGAGUUUACCUACCAGGUGAUAUCAAAAGGGCAAAUGGUAGCUAUCGGCAAAAGUAACCUGACUCAAGUCCAGUUAACACCUGAUAUUUCUUGGGCACCGGCAGCACACCUCAUUGUCUAUUUCAUCAAAUAUUAUCUCAUGGUCAGUGAUGAAAUCCUUUUGAACGUGGAAGGAAUCUUUACAAAUAAGGUUUCACUUUCCUGGAGUACAGAGCAGGCAAAGCCAGCUGACAGUGUCUCUCUCAAUGUGUCUACCAAUGAGGUCAACUCACUUGUUGGGAUCCUGGUCGUGGACAAGAGCGCGCAGCUUCUCAAGGGAGGAAAUGACAUCACCGAGGAACUGGUCCUUCAGACACUGAUCAACACAGCUGAAGAUAACACAGGAUUUCCCUACAGCCACAAUGUAUUUCAGAUGAGUGGGCUAAUAAUAUUAACAGAUGCUCGGAUCCCGCUCACUGAGUCUUUGUACCCAGUCCUAUAUAACGCCGAUCCUGAGUUUAAGCUCGAAAGUUUCGCUGAUGUAGAAGAAGAAGAAGAGCCAGAAGAUCAAAGAGUCCGGACAUAUUUCCCAGAAACUUGGCUAUGGUUGGACAUGUUAACUGGUCUGAAUUCGGAGAUCAGCAUCCAAAGGACAGUCCCUGAUUCCCUCACCACCUGGACGGCCAGUGCUUUCGCAAUUUCCAAAAACCAAGGCCUUCAGCUGGCGACUGUACCUGCACAGCUGGAGGUCUUCAAGUUUUUCUUUCUGGAGUUAAACCUCCCAUACUCUGUGACCAGAGGGGAACAACUAAUCCUGGAAGUAAAUAUCUUCAACUACCUGGAACAGACAUUGGAGGUUCAGGUGACCGUGGAGCUGGGUGACUUCUUUGAGUUUACCACGGGGCCAAGUGAAGACAUGGCACUGAACAGCCAGAGUGGGUCCGUGAGGACACAGGAAGCCCACGUGUUCUACUUCCCCGUCACUCCAAAGGCUCUUGGAAAGGUUCCUAUCACAGUGAAGGCCAGGACUGCAGUCGCAUUUGAUGCUGUCACCAAGCAUAUUCUAGUGAAGGCUGAAGGGAUACAGCAGUCAUUCUCCAAGGCCCACCUCAUCGUGGUGGAAGACAACAAUCAGCUCUGGACCAAGGAAGUGCAGUUCAACUUUCCCCUGAACGUCGUGGAAGGCAGCGAGAGGGCUUAUGUCACUGUGAUUGGUGAUAUAUUGGGACCUUCCAUUAAUGGCUUGGAAAACCUGCUUCAGAUGCCCUACGGCUGUGGUGAACAAAACAUGAUAAUGUUUGCUCCAAACAUCUACAUCAUGCAGUACUUGGCAUCUGUAAACCAAGUGACCGAGGAGAUAAAGGAAAAAGCUUUUGAAUACAUGGUCCAAGGUUACCAAAGGGAGUUAACGUACCAACGGACUGAUGGCUCCUUCAGUGCCUUUGGAAAUUCGGAUUCUUCUGGAAGCACUUGGUUGUCGGCCUUUGUACUGAGGUGCUUCUUACAGGCACGGGAGUUUAUCUACAUCGACUCAAAUGUGGUGGACAGGGUUACAUCCUGGAUAAUAAAGUACCAGAAUAAAAGUGGGGAAUUCAUGGAACCGGGGAGAGUGAUUCAUACAGAGCUACAAGGAGGACAGAAUGGACCCAUCACGCUCACAGCCUACGUUCUUACAGCCCUCUUGGAGGAUCCAAAAAUCAAGGUUACUGUUUUAGCUCAGGUAUCAAGUGCUGUCUCAUAUCUUGAAGGCAAGUUUCGCGAUGGGAUCCAUAGUAACUACACCCUGUGCCUCACAACAUAUGCACUAACUUUAGCCAAGAGUAAGCUUGCAAAAGAAGCACUCGAUGAACUGAACCGGAGGGCAGACCAACAGGAUGGUGUAAAAUAUUGGUCAUCGCCCGUGAACAGACCUUCACGGUGGAUGCAGGGCGUCCUGUCGUCCGACAUUGAGGUGGCUGCCUACGCUCUGAUGUCAUACUUGAGGCAGAGCAGACUCUUGGAAGGUAUCCCCGUCAUGAAGUGGCUCAGUCAACGCCGGAACCAUCUGGGAGGCUUCUCCUCCACCCAGGACACGGUAGUGGCGCUCCAGGCUCUAUCGCAGUUCACAGCAGAGAAUAUCGCUCCUUCGACAGACCUGGAGGUGUCAAUCAGCGGAUCCGGGCUCCUUGACCCGGCAACCUUGACCAUCUCUUCCACCAACAUGUUCGUCCUGCAGACAGUGGAGCUUGGCAUUGAGCAGCCUCUGAUGGUGACGGUGACAGCAAAGGGUCAAGGCAUGGCCAUUUUUCAGCUUAAUGUUCUCUUCAACCUGGAGAGUAACGUUCUGGCGAUUGAGAAGCGAUCGGUGGAGUCAGAGGAGGCGUUUGAUUUGGACAUUACUGUUUCAGACAACAUACUUGACCUAAAUCAUCUGUCUCUGAUGAUCUGUACCCGGUUCCGAGGUGAUGGAAAUCACUCAAUCACUGGAAUGGUCCUGAUGGAAGUUGGGAUGCUCAGUGGUUUCAUUCCAGAGACUGAUAGCAUCCACACCAGUGAUGUCAUCAAGAAGGUGGAAUUUACAAAUGGAAACGUUAAUCUGUACUUUGAUUCAUUGAAUGAAACAGAAGUCUGUGUGACCAUCCCAGUAAUAAGAGAUUCCAAGGUAGCGAAUGCCCAGGAUGCUGUGGUGAGCAUCUUUGAUUAUUAUGAGCCAGGACAAAAAGCAGUGAAGACGUACAACUCGGAAGUGAUGUCCAGAACCGAUUUCUGCACCCUCUGCAGUUCGGACUGCGAGGCGUGCCACCCCACCUUCAGCUUACCAUUCACUGCUGCAGCGAGCACGCCAGCUCGAGGGCGCCAAGUUGCACUCUUGCUGUGCCUCGUUAGCAUUUAUCUUGGCUUGACUUAAUUACACACUCCAAGUCAACUGUAGAGCUUUGUGGUCCUGGGGAAUUGAUUGUUAUUUUGUUUGAAGGUGUUUUAAUGCCAAAACAUAUUUGAAUCAGGCUUAGCAACUACUGUAUCCUUAACGCUGCUUUUUAAAAUAAUCCUUGCUGAUUUUCUUUUUUGCGUUUAUCAGUUGUUUGUGGGUAUAAAGAGGUAUUUGUUCUGUCAGUGCUUCUGCACCAACCACCCUACAAUGUCGGAGUCGCAACUGGUUUUGGUUAGGCUCUCCAUGAACUAACUAUGAUCCAGAUUGGAGAGGAAGUGAGAGCAUCCAGCGUCCUGAAUUUACAACCACCAUUAUAGCAACAUUGAAAUGACUGGAACAAUCUUUGGAUUGGCCUGCAGGCUGUUUUUCCUUCUGAAAGCACGAUAUGUUUCAAAAUCUGCGAAGGAAAACAAACCCUUGGUGUUAUACGUGUGUGUCUGUGGUGCGUGAUGAAUGCAUCAGGUUAUAGAUGUUUGUGAUAUAGUCAGGGUGGCAAAGGUUACGCGGAGAAGGCAGGAGAGUAGGGUUGAGAGGGAUAAUAAAUCAGCCAUGAUGCAAUGAUGCAGACGAUGGGCUGAAUGGCGGAAUUCUGCUUCUAUGUCUUAUGAUAUUUUUGUCAUAUCUUUAAACUUUGAAUUUUGAUCUUAUAGUCUUUUGAGUGCACAUGUGUGUGCGCUUGUGUGUGUAUGUGUGUUUGUGUGCUUCUGUGCGUGUGUGUGUGUGAGUGUGUGUUUGUGUGCGCUUGUGUGUACAUCUGACAUCUGAUUGUUCAAAGUCAAAGUAAAUGUAUAAUCAAAGAAUGUUUAUACUACCUUGAGGUUCACUCUCUUCCCAGCAUUUCUAGGUUAAGGGUGAGAGGCCAAAUAAUUAAAUGGAACAGGAGGGGGAGCUUCUUUGCUCAGGGUGGUGAGAGUGUGGAAUGAGCUGCCCUCGCAAGUGGUGGAUGUGGGUUUGAUUUGAAAGUUUAAGAGAUAUUUGGAUGGUGGAGGAUGGAGAGCAUUAGAUCAGGUGCAGGUCAACAGUUCAGCAUGGACUGGAUGGGCCAGUUUCUGAGCUGCAGUGAACUAUGGACCUACAGUUUCUCAGUAGCAGGUUCUGACCAUGCCGGUCAGGUUUAAUCCAGUUCUGUACAGUUACCAGUUAUUUUCAGGUGCACAUGCAUUGGUUCCCUGUGAGGAAAGCAUGCGCACAAGUUACCAGAGAGUUUUAAUUCUCACAAGCUCUGGAUGCAGUAAGAUUUGACAGUACUACAGUUCCCUGAGGCUUUAGACAAAGCAAGAGAUUUUUUGCCCCAUUGUGCCUUAAACAACUCUUGGAUAAUCUCACUCUAUCCUCACACAAAACACUGGAGGAACUCAGUAGGUCAGCAACAUCUAUGGAGGCAAAUAAACAGUCGACGUUUCAGGCUGAGACUCGUCAUCAGGACUCGGUCCGGAGCGCUGACUGUUUAUUCCCCUGCAGCGUUCUGUGCGUUUGCUCAAAUCUUCCAACAUCUGCAGAAUCUCUUGUACUGCAAAAUUCAAAGUAUGUAUACCAUAUUCAACCUUGAGAAUGAUCUUCUUUCAGGCAGCUGCUAGACAAAGAAACAUAGCAGAGUUCCUGAAAAGCCCCUCACCACAAAGACCAUCGUACACCCGAUGUGUGAAAAAAGUAAACAAAUAACACGAACUGCAGAGUCCCCGGAUGUGAUUCCACAGCCACAGAGACGGCUCAGUGCUGAGCUGAGUGAAGCGGGUCUGGGAGUUUGAUGCCUGCAGGCCACCGUUUCUCACUCUUUCCUCUCUCCCGCCCCACACGUGCAACUACACAGUCGCUGGGCCUGUAGUUUCCCUACUGGAGGGUGGGUUAAGCCAGAGCAAAGGAGGAUGAGAGGUGGCUUACUAUAGGUGUACAGGAUGAUUGAGUGGACAGCCAGAGACUCCUUUUCCCCAGGGCAGAAAUGGCCAAUAUGAGGGGGCAUAACUGGAAGGUGACUGAAGGAAAGUAUGGGGGGAUGUUAGAGGUAAGUUCUUUUACACUACGAGCGGUGAGUGCCAGGUGUAGUGGUAGACACAGAUACAUCAGGGACGUUGAAGAAGCUCUUAGAUAGACACAUGGAUGAUAGAAAAAUGGAGGGCUAUGUAGGAAGGAAGGGUUAGAUUGAUCUUAGAGUAGAUUAGGCAGUCAGCACAUCAUCGUGGGCUGAAGGGCCUGUACUGUGCUGAAAUAUUAGUUGUUCUAUUUUCUAUCUACAAUGUCAACCCUGUUCCCUUUAGACGAAGCUGCCAAUGCAAAUUAAAUAGCAAGAUUGCCUUUUCUAAUAAGCUGUCCCAAUCAUUCUUGCCUAGCUGCUCUUAAAUAAAGAACUACAAAAUAAAUUGGUGAAGUAAA